AUUUUGGUUUGCGUUAAAGUGUACAUCUAACUUAAAAGUGCUUUGUUUUUUUUAAAAUAAUUUGCAAUUUUGCAAAACAGUUUCAAUUAUAUCAAAUUAAGCAAAUAUGUCCGAUCCGAAAUCAUCUCGACAUGGCUCCAGCUCACAAGCAUUCGCAUUGAUACCUAAGCCGUGCAAUUUACAGUGUAAAGAUUUUCAGGAGUAUUUGCGUACGAGGAACGCUGAUACACUGGAAAAGCUUUAUAAUUAUCCUACCAUUUGCUUGGCAGUGUAUCGUGAGCUACCGGAGAUUGCUAGACAAUUUGUUAUACGAAUUUUGUUUGUGGAACAACCAGUGCCACAGGCAGUGGUUACCUCCUGGGGAUCUCAGCAUUAUGCCAAGGAGCAAGCCGGCGCCACUAGUUGCUUAUCAGAAUUAAAUGUUUGGCGUGUUACAGCUAUACCAGGUGGUUUGUCAGCAUGGGAAUUAUGUCCUACAUUCAAAAAAAAUCUCAAGAUAGCUUUGUUGGGUGGCGGCCGUCCUUGGUCUAUGUCUCACACAAUGGAAAAAGAUUCUAAACCUCGUGAUAUAGCAUUUCUGGACCAAUACGCCAUGUCCCGCUGGCGUUGUGUAUUGUAUUAUAUGGUGGGCACCGGUGGAACAAAUAAAGGCCAAGAUAAUGAGGUUAUUAGUCCCGAUGCGGUUAUAAUUUUAUUGCAUGCCAAUCUAAUGAAGCGAGAUGAAGCAGGCAUUACCAUAACACGUCAAGGUUUCCAGUUUUUAUUACUCGACACGCAAUCCCAAGUAUGGCAUUUUAUGUUGCAAUAUUUGGAUACCUGUGAGGAAAGAGGAUUAUCAUUGCCCGAAUGUCUAAGCAUGUUGUUUCAACUUAGUUUCUCCACAUUGGGGCGUGACUACAGUUCCGAAGGAAUGAGUCCAAAAAUGCUCACUUUUCUACAGCAUUUACGUGAAUUUGGAUUAGUUUUCCAACGUAAACGUAAAGAAGGGCGUUUUUAUCCAACCCGCUUAGCUUUAAAUAUAACUAAUAAAGUGGCAAUUGCGCCAACAAUAGUUGCUGAUGAAGAAAAAGUUCAAGAAGGCGGAUAUAUAAUAGUGGAAACUAAUUAUCGCGUUUACGCUUAUACGGACUCCCCGUUGCAAGUAGCUGUUUUGGGUUUAUUCACUGAGCUACUUUAUCGGUUUCCCAAUCUUGUAGUGGGCGUAUUAACACGUGAUUCUGUACGGCAAGCGUUAAGAGGUGGUAUCACCGCUGACCAAAUUAUCAGCUAUUUAGAGCAAUAUGCUCAUCCGAGUAUGAAGUUCACGGAAUCGGCUAUCAAAUCCAAAUCGCCUUUACCACCGACUGUAGUCGAUCAAAUAAAGUUAUGGGAAUUGGAACGUAAUCGUUUCACUUAUACCGAGGGUGUAGUAUACAAUCAGUUUUUAUCACAGGCCGAUUUUGUAACAUUGCGGGAUUACGCUCAGUCGAUAGGUGUGCUCGUUUGGCAAAAUGAACGAACCCGCACUAUGGUAGUCACUAAAAAUGGUCAUGAUGAUGUUAAAAAAUAUUGGAAGAGAUAUUCGAAAAGUGGCGGUCAAUAGAUUUUGCAUCUAUAUAUAUAUCUUUGUAGUCGUCUCCAAAUGUUGAGACUAUAAUUAUUUAUUAUUACAUUUGUAAAAUGGCGAAAUAUGUAUCAGACAGCUGCUGAAGUGUAUAUACAAUUGUUGAUCAGCGUAUACCCCAAAUUGGCCACGCGCAUCCGCAUACUUGUUGUUACCACUUCCAAAGUUGCGAAAAUUGAAAUAAAGGCCAUAUAUCGAUAGUCUCGUCUUGUUUGUAGAACAAUCAGUAAAUAAACGGAAAUGAUUUGUCCAAAAUCGUGUUUGCAAUAAUUUAAAAAACGAAAAAACCAAAAAUUCACCGUCAGGGCCCAUUCAGUGUGAAAAGGAUCUAAACGAUCUAGAUUUUAUGUAUAAUUUUCUUCUGCAUAAUAGUCACUCUUAAAUCAAUUACAAACUAAAUUAUUAAAAAAAAAAAAAAA